AUGAUCGAAGGACAAUAUAAAGAAUCACAGCCUAAUUCACAAGGUCUUUUGGAAUUCAGCGCAUCAGAAUGGAACGUUGAAGCCUUUGUUAUCUUGUUGAACAUUAUGCAUGGUCACCAUCGUCAAGUAACCAAGACGCCUGGUUUAGAGCUGAUAGCUCAUAUUGGAAUUCUUGUUGACUACUAUGAUUGUCUUGAGGUGGUUGAGAUCUUCUAUGAGAGGUGGACUCAAUGGCAUCUCGACUUGAACAAGCACAAUUAUCCUGAACUCAGUUUGGCCCUGCCGAGCAUCGCAGCGCAGAACUUUGGACCAGAUGAGACUGUCCUGUUGUUUACUGCACUUGUUUUCAAGAAUCAUGUGCAAGCCAGAGGACUUUUUGGGCUGGCGAUUUUCAACACGGAGGGCCCACUCGAGACAGACCUAGCGAUUCCGAAUCGAGUUCUUGGUAUGUCUCGAAUACAAGACUCCUAA